AGCAGGUGUCAGCAUGAGCAAGAGGAAGGCUGAGGAAGAACAAACGAUGGAUGAUCCAGAGAAGUUGAAGCAGGCUCCGAAGAAAAAUGACAAUAUAAGUUUCACACCUGAACUGGUGCCUGAGGCUUGGAAGAGAGCAUACAGGUACAAGUGUCCCGGUCCAGGUGUGUUCCGGUGCGCCUUGACCGAAAUGGUGUUUGUGAUGGCUCAGGAGGCCGAGCUGCUCUACAGCACGGUCAUAUGGGAUGACAGCAUCACCCAGUCAGCUGGCAAGAAGCGCGCAGGGCUGCUGUUCAAACUCACAUGCUCUGUGGAUGACGCCGUCAGUCAAAUCCACCUCCCACACUGCGAAACAGAGGAUGCGUUGGCUGUUGAAGGCCUGUUGUCCGUCGCCAACAUCAGCGACGAUGGAGUGGUCUUCUUGGAGCCGCUGGAGGUUACAGACACUCAUGUGCUCGUGAAGGUCCCCAACCUCUCCACCUUUGGCUUGGUCCGGGAUAUCAGAAGGUUUAUGAAAUCCAAACAGCUCGGAAAGGCCAACGUGCUGCUGUUCCACCGAACUCCGUGGCCAAACGUUGAAAUACUCGAUAUAAUAAUGCUGCCCUCCAACGUCCCUCUAACGGAAGUAAAGAGUGUCAGCCAACACAGAGAUGCCGAGCAAAUCAACGUUUCUCCCGAAUGUGUAAUCAGCUAUGAGCAACUUUACUCUGUCCGCACUUUACCCGAUGAGCACAAAACGCAGCCUCACAAUGAAAAAUUUUGGCCAGACUAUGGACCAAAUUACCACUCGAAAUUUGAAAUUUUCCUAAGAACGAUUCCAGAUAAAUUGACUGUGAUGAUUUCGGACCAAGCGAAGAAAGACAUCUGGAAAAGUGAAGUGCAUCUGCCAGGGAUGGCCUGAUUCAGUCAUGUGAAGAUGAAGGGAUAAAGGGAGAAGACUAAAUGUCAGCGUGCUGUUCUUUGUUUCAGCCACUAGAUGGAGCUAGAGCAUUUUGAGUGAAGAUGAUACACCUGAUAUUUAAAAAACAAAAUGGGUUUGGAAUUUUUCAUGACUUAACACUAUCUCACAUCAUUUUACAUUUUUACAGCCUCUGAUAUAAACAUUGCAUUAGAAAAAUAAUAAGUGCACUUAGAGCAGCAUUGCUUUUUCCGGCUGGGGACCAUAUUUUUACAUUUAGACUUUUACAGUUCAUACUGGGGUGACAGAAAUAUUCAGGGGGUAUUUAGGUAAAAGCCCAAAAGAAAAAGGAACAAUAGCUGUAUAGGUUGACUGAAAGUUACCAAAGUUGUUGAUGCUGAAUGUUUUAAAUGAGCAAAAACCCUGCACAAACGUUACAGCUCUUCUUCUAGUGUAAAAAGCAGAUAUUUUUUAUUCUUUCCAAUUCCUUUCUAUUUUAAUUAUGCUUCUUGACUUUUGCACUAUGUUCUUUGCUAUGCACCAAACCAAGACACAUUCCUUGUAUGUGCAAACCUACUUAUAAUAAACUGAUUCUGAUUCUCAAAUAAAAUGUGUGUGUGUGCAACGUGA